UUUUUGUCUCAUAGAUCAAUGAGCCAUCAUUACCUCAAUGAAUCUGGCAACCAUGAUCUGAACAGCCGUCCUAGAAGCUCCACAUUGCAGGAUAAGACUUCAUCAGCAAACGUACCAGGAGAACAACCUCUAAGAAAAGCCGGUUCCAUUUCGUCUAUUAUCUCGUCUGUGCGUAUGCGCAAACGUAGAUCACGAAUGCGAGCUGAUAACAAGAAUCGUUAUACCAUCGCCGACCCAGAAAACUUUGCAAAGAAUAUGGAUGAAGCACCAGGAACAAAAAGAUCACCAUUGCGUCCAUUAUCAAUGAUAUUAUCAAACACGAACCGCCGUAAGUUGGACGACGUUGGAACUCCUUCUUACUUUAGACCAAUUGGCAGAGUUUUACAAAUGAACCCAGCGGAGGGAACCUUACUUGUAGAAAUGGUGAAACCUCCAUCAGGCCCGUUCGGUUUUUAUAUUGCAAGAAAGAAAGAAGCAGGAGAUUCAGGAAGUGUAUUCAUAUCCCGACUCAGCGACAGCUAUCCUGACAAAAUGUUUGCUGGUUUGAUGCGAACAGGAGACGAAAUCACAGAAAUUAACGGCACAAACGUUUCAGGACUCACGUUAGAUCAAGUGUAUGAUCUCAUCCUGGACAGCGAACGCACCUUACUGAAGUUAAAGCCCGCACAAGUUCAUGUUGUGUAAUGAGUGCGCGAGAAUCAAAAAUGAUGUGCAAGAAGGUCCGGAUAUCCGGAGUGAGUUCCAUUCAAGCGUGGAGGCGAGUCUGAACUACGUUCGGCAGACGAGUGCCGGCAAAGUAUAGUCCGCGAUCACUAAAUCGGAAAAAAGAACUUCAAGUCAUUUUUUCGUAAAAGCAAGUGAAUGAUAUCGUCACAGGAUGCCCUUUAUUGUAAUUACACUCUAUUUAAAAAUGGACUAUUCAUUAAACUUAUCAUUCUCUUUGCAAAAAAAAAUUAAUUCAUCAAUUCUUUCGCUCAUUUCACCAAAGUGUUUCGUCAGAUAACACUCUGUUAUGUGAGCAUACUUCGUAUUACACACGUAUUAAAAAUUGACGUCAUAAUACAAAAAUAAACGUCACAGUAGGAAAAUAUGCCGUCAUAAUUCUAUUUGACAACUUCUGAAGUAUUGUUAUAAUUUAAUUCGAAUGCACUAUUUUCAUUCAAGUGUCCUUUUUCUCUAGAAUGAAAUUGUCUCUUGACUUUAUUUCACUGUAUACCAGUAUUCGUGGUAUUUGUUCUCAUAUUAUUGCGUUACAAUUGCUUUUAAUUCUUAUUAUGAUUACAUACUAUUGAUCUAUCUGACGUCAUAAUGUUCUUUAUAAUUUCUUUCCUAUUUCCAUGGCGCUUUUGAACAUUCAGUUUAUUCAAGAUAAUGCAUUGGACAUAGAGAGGCAUUGAAUGUACUUUAAAAGUGCGAUUUUGAAAAAAAAAUUAUAUUUGAAGUUAAUUUGCAUUAAUUUUGUUUGGUACUCACCAGGGCGAUCCCGCAGUAUGUGCACCAACAUGGCGCACAAUCUGAUAAUCAUAACCUGGUACACAUACUAUGUUUAGGUUGUGCGCCAUCUUGGUGCACAUACUACGGGAGCACCCUCAUCAGGGUGACACUAUAUUUUGGCAGUACCCAGGAUGGCUCAAAUUUAAAAUUGAAUUUCCUCAUGAACCGUCUCGGGAUUCUUUCCCAACUAUCACAAUUUGAAAACUAUUAUGAUUUUCAUAUCUAUUGCUUAUAAUACACGCUUGAACUAUCUUUCUAAAAUAUUUCGGGAUCGGAUUCUACCUAUGCCCGAUACAGUAUUUUGAAUGAACUGUUUUCGACAAUAUCUUUGCUUGAUAUUAAUAUUUAUCUUUUACUAUUAUUACGAAUAAAUUUAUGACACAUAA